AAUCAGUUUAGUUUAAAUACCCGUCGCGGCAACAACAUCCCUCUCAGUAUUCAACGCGAACAGUUCUCAUGCUAUUCAAAUUUUUAAUUUAAUUAAAUUAAAUCAAAUUAAAGCACAAAUUCAAAUUUGAAUCGAAUUGAAGUUUGCAAGUUUGCACGUCAACAACUUGAUUGAACGACUUGUUAUUGCUAUUUUGGUGGUUGUGGUGGUUUUAAACUCUUGACAAAUGGCACAACUUGUGCUCUUGAUAAUGGCCGCCAUGGUGGGGACCAGCAGUUUUGCACAAGGUUUCGUGCUGCCACACUUCGCCCAGCUGAUGGGCGCUGACUACGAGUACGUUGAGGAGACGCCGGCUGCGCCCACCCCAACGCCAAACUACAUCAUGCGCAUCGCACAUCACAACGAGUUACGUGAACCCGGACUGGCAGAGGUCACCAAAUUCAUCGAUGCCGCCGCGCCAUCCAACAAUCACGAGAGUGCCGAAUCUAACGCCAUAGAAGCGUCGAAGUUGGCGCACAAGCGCACGGGCGUGACAACAAACGAUGAGCAACGUCGACGACGAAACAAGACGCUAACCUACACAGAGCUUGAUCAACUGUUGGCCAAUUGGCAGUUGGAUAAGCAGCGAAAUACCUACGAGAUGCAGACCAGUAAUCGACGUGGAAUCGAUGCGCGUCGGAAUUAAGUGGAUUAACGCAUUUAGAUAAAUAUUCUCGUGUUGCUUUCGUUUUAUUGUAGUUGAAAGAGGGAAUGACUGUAUUGGUGCAAUCGCUAGUGGCGCUGAUAAGGCGAUGGGUAGUCACGCAUAAUAAUGUUAUCGCUGCGAAUGAGGCGGCAAGGAAUUUGCGUUGGAAAUGAAAUAUUUAUAUUUGAUAAUUCGUUUUUUUUUUUUGCUUUUAUUAUUUCAUUAUAACUUUAAUUGUACAAUAACACCGCGCUUGAUCCCGCGACUUCUUUGGAAUUACGUUAGCACGGCUGGGUACUUUGGCGUUCCGACAGUUGGGCGAAGGAGAACGGUGCAAUUAUUAAUUACCAACUCAUUUACGUAUCUCGAAUUUGUCUCUCUACAAAUAUUUGUUAAGCUACAUUUAUCUCAUAUUAAUACUGGUUCUAAUCUCUGUUAAAAUAAAAGUCUCGACUUGAGUUUGUAUAAAACAGAUAAAAGGUAAAAGGAAA